AGGGAGGGGAAGGAGAGGGCGAGGAAGAGGCGGUGGGAGAGGGGAAAGGAUGCGCUCGGGCUUUAUCGGGGUUUCUUUGAACGGAAGCCGGUGGUCGGCCCGGAUUUCCGUGGCCGGAAAGAAAAUCAGCCUGGGAGGCUUCGAGACGGAAAAGGAGGCUGCGCUGGCCUACGACCAGGCCAGCCGGGCCCAGUUUGGAGACACCGCUCGGUGCAAUUUCGACCUCUCGGGCACGGUGCCCACGGGCUUGCGGGGGAGGGGCAAAGGGGUGGCGGACAGGAGGCAGGGCGGGCGAAGAGGAGAUACCGGACCGGGAGAGGGCGAGGACGAGGGGCGGGCUCGGGCAAUUAUACAUCCAGCCUCCUGUUUGGUGGGCCCUUGGGCGGUCGGUUUGGAAUCUCCUCGCUUGGGGGCAGCAGCGCAGGCGGAGAGGGCGGGUUGA